GGCCGAGGCAGGGGGGGACGAUGAUCCGACGAUCAGCUGUGCAGGCUGCGGAUUGUGCAGAGGGGCGGGGCGGCACCACACGGCAGGAACGCGUGGCACACGGCUGGCACCAAUAGGUCCCGUAGAUAGCGCCACAGUGUGUUCAGUGGCCGAGGAGACGAGAACACGGGAGGACACGCUAUCCCUGCACCAGCUGUCCAUGGGGAGGGGACGAGCCAGCCACAGCCACCCGUUCCUUUGUGUUACGUCUGAGGGAUGAUCCGUGCUUACAUUCCCCGCUACCGCCAAGUGGAGGGUGAGGGUGGCCGCAGCCAUUACGUAUACCUGCUUGAGGUGUGCUACGUGGGGCGCGUUCACAAGUUGGAAAAACGCUAUUCUGCCUUCCACAGUUUAUAUAAAGAGCUUCGCAGACUGUACCCAACAGUGGAAUUUCCACCCAAGCGUCUACGCAACACUACACCCAAGGUGCUGGAGGCACGACGCGCAGGGUUAGAACACUGGCUGCACUCUGCCCUGGCUCUGCACCCUACUCCUCCUGCCCUCCUAGCCUUCCUGCAAGUCCACAAUUACCAGCCACCCGUGCCAGAGUGUGAGGACAGUGGCUACGAGGGCAGUCCCGAGCACCAGCCAGUGUUGGUGUAUUCGCGAGACCCGUAUCUGCCUGUUCACUCCGCCCGUACCUCCACUUCUCGUACCCUGCCCAGCACAGUGACCAAAGGUGUCCUCACUGCCCUCUACGACCAAGACUUUCGCAUGCCCUCUUGAGUCACAGGGAAGGUAGUCCCAUCCGCAUCUGCAUUAUCUUGUGGCUUCUCUGUUGUGUACUUUGUUUUGCUUCAGUGAGGGUGUCAGUGGAUGGGGACCAUCUUCAAAUAGUCUUCACAAGUGAGGAUCUUGACGGCGUGAUGGAGGCAGCGCAGCGACUAAAGAUCUGGCAGUGGGUUAUGUUUGGGAUCAUUUGGCUUGCUUAUGGUUCCACCUACCUGCUUAGAAAGCCUCUGGGAGUAGUCAAGAAUGACUUACAGAAAGCUUUGGAUAUCAGCGUAGUAGGCCUGGGAUGGGUGGACACGGCCCUCUUGCUACCUUAUGCCGGGGUAUCCCUUGUGUUUGGCUCCAUUGGGGAUCGUCUAGGACCUCGAGUCACACUUGGUGGUGGUCUUGUCAUUGCUUCUAUUGCCACAGUGUGUAUAUCGGUAUGUGAAUCAUAUCUCACUCUGCUGGCACUGCUAGCUGUUAGUGGGGCCAGCCAGGCACUCUGCUGGCCAGCCAGCUGUGCCAUGUUGGCCCGCUGGUUUUCUGAUGCCGCACGGAACACUGUGUUUGGGAUGUUUGGUACAUGCUGCUUUGUGUUCGGCAUGGCCGGCACCACCCUGGCUGUCUACUUACAGAAUACCUAUGGAUGGCGUGACGUGUUUGUACACCCGUCCCUAUUUGUGGCCGCUUUGGGCUUCCUGGUGCUCAUUAUGGGGCGGGACCCAGGAGAAAGGAGUUUGAUCGUGCCAGGUCGGGUCACUGUUCCCACGAAGACCAGCAGCGAGGUUAGCUUGUCUUUCCUGUCCCUGUGGCGGCUGUCAUCUGUACCCGAGGUGUCUUUGGCCAUGUUCUGUGUCAAGAGUGUGCGUUAUGCUCUCAUGUUCUGGUUGCCGCUUUACCUGCUCCAUUCCCUUAAUUACUCUCAGGUCACAGCUGGGCUGGUCUCCACUGCCUUCGAGGUGGGCGGCACCCUGGGCAGCGCCUUUGUGGGGGUGGUAGUGGAUCGUUGUAUGGGUGGGCGGGCCAUCCUUACCAGCGCCAUAGCAAUAUCUGCCUCUGCUCUUUCACUGUUAGCCUUUGUAAUUCUGGCACCGUUGGGCAUUUUGUUCCAGGUUAUUUUCCUAGGUCUGGCCGGAGCUUUCAACUGUGGUCCAGAUAUCCUGCUUGCUGGCUCUGUUGCUGCAGACCUGGGAGAGCGCGUCGGUGCAGCGACAGCUGUGACUGGUGUAGUAAAUGGCAUGGGCUCAUUGGGGACUGUGCUGGAGGGCCCUCUGGUGAGUCUGGUGGCUGCUGAGCUGGGUUGGGGUGCCAUGAUCCCUCUCAUGGUAAUUUUGUCAGCCUUAGGGGCGGUAGCCGCUUUCAAGGCAAGUGUCAUCCAUGCCCGUGGUGAGGGGGGUUGGGUGCAGGUGUCUCCUGUGGAGGAUGCCUAGAGGCCUCAUAGUAAGGACAUAUUUUGGGUACACAGCUGGUGCACCUGUAAGAAGGGAAGAUAACCAGUUACUGUUGUGAUUCAAAGCCAAGUCCAUGAGGCAGUGAUUCAGGAAAUAACAGUAUUUUUCCCGAUUGAAUGUACAACAGCGUCAACAGUGUACCAUUGUGCUCGUCUGUUGAGAGAGAGAGCGAGAGAGAGAGAGAGAGAGAGAGAGAGAGAGAGAGAGAGAGAGAGAGAGAGAGAGAGAGAGACAGAGAGAGAGAGCACUGAUCUGAUCAGACGCACUGCUUUCUGCUCCAUGUGCAUGUGUCCGUGUGUGUGCCGACUGCCAUGACACAUGAGUUCAAAGCACUCAAGACUGACAUUGUUUUGUAUCUGAUUUGUUAUUCAUAAUGAUUUUAGAUAUUUAAGACUAAUUGUAAUAUAUUUGUAUCAGUUGAUGUACAAGUAUUUUUAAUUGAAAAAUAAUUAUGUGCAACUUGGGUAGUAACACUAAGGAUGUUUCUCGCAGCACAAAUUUUAUUUUUCUUCCUAGUGAAUAAAAUAUACCAAAGAUGAAAGUCGUGGUUGGUUCGUGAUCAAUUCUAAUAAAAGCGAAGCUUGAAUACA